AUGAAGUGUGCGUUGUGUAGAGUGAGAUCGGUGUGCCUAAUAUUGUUUAAAGAGAUUCGGUCCAGAUUGCUGAGCAGAAGGUCUAAGACUGCGGCAAAGGUGCAACCUCAAGCAAAUAUGUCCGUGAUACUAGAAGCCAUAGACCUCGACAGGGAGUACUCUCCAAGUAGGUGGUCGCCGAGAUUCACCACACCCAACGAAGUAUAUGAAAAUCACGUAGACUAUGUCACUGCAGCCAGUGAUGAGGCGACUAACAACAUUCCACACAAAUUGGAAAUCGAAUAUGGAUCUACCCCUGGACAGAAGCUGGACAUAAUGGGAACAGAUUUACCAAAUGAUUCACCAAUCCUUGUUUUCAUUCAUGGUGGUUAUUGGCAACAGCUGUCCCGUGAAAUUUCGCGGUAUCCAGCGCUAUCUUUACACAAAGUCAAAGUAAAAACCAUCGUCAUCGGCUACGAUCUAUGCCCCAGCGCAACCCUCCCCGAUAUCGUGAGCCAAGUAAGAAGCGCUGCGAGAUUUGUGUUCGAGUAUGCUGAAAAAAUGGGCUCCAAAGGAGUAUACUUUGCGGGUCACUCAGCGGGAGCCCACCUUGUGGCUAAAGUUCUCGCAAGCGCAGAUCUCUUUGAGAAUACUCCUGGCUCACAUCGUCUUCAAGGAGCGUUCCUCAUUUCUGGAGUCUAUGACCUGCAAGAAGUUGUCCACACGUAUGUCAACGACGUGGUCCAAAUGCCAAGUGAAUGGGCGGUACCUCUCUCACCACAGUUUGAUAGCUACACUCACAUUCAAGAAAGAAGAGCGCGUCUUUACAUCAUAGCAGCGCAGCACGACAGCCCUACGUUUAAAAAACAAUCUAGAGAGUUCUACGAAAUAUUACACAACACAUGCUUAAUGCAGAACAUGUAUUUGGAGAUAAAAGACGGCAUGGAUCAUUUCGAAAUCAUCGAAUGUUACACUAACGAUGACAAUUACUUAAAGAGUCUUUUGGUUCACGAUAUCAGGAAGCAUUUAUUGUAA